UCGAUCGUAACACUUGCAGAAAUGGCCUUUAAAUUUGUCGUCCUGACAUGCCUUGUGGCUGCCGCUAGUGCCGGCCUGGUGCCCGCAGCUGUCUCAUAUGCGGCACCGGCCUACCACGCUGCACCCCUAGCCUACGCCGCUGCGCCCGUCGCCAAGCUUGCAGUAGAGGAAUACGACGCACACCCGCAGUACAGCUUCGCUUACGACGUACAAGACGGCCUCACUGGCGACUCUAAGUCCCAGCAUGAGACCCGCGACGGCGAUGUCGUCCACGGCUCCUACUCGGUCGUCGACCCCGACGGCACCAAGCGCACCGUCGACUACACUGCUGACCCCCACAAUGGUUUCAACGCCGUCGUCAACAAGGAGCCAGUCGCCGUCAAGGUCGCCAAGGUCGCUGCCCCUGUAGCCUACCACGCUGCGCCUGUUGCCUAUCACGCCGCGCCCGUAGUACACGCCGCCCCUGUAGCCUACCACGCCGCUCCCGUAGUACACGCCGCUCCCCUGGCGUACUCUGCUCCGAUCUACCAUCAUUAAUUACGAAUAAUGCUACGAUAUGUCACAUUGUAAAUAGAAACAUGUAGAAUGUAUUUUUACUUGUAAAAUUAUUUAAUAAAAUAACAUAUUAC